CGCUGCUUUCGAGGGUGCGGACCAGACAGAAGUGCAGCACGGAUUGUGCUUCGGGUCCAGAGCUCAUCGAGGCUUCCUAUGUCUUGGGUGUGCUCUUCCGAUCCAUCUAUCCCAGAAAAGCGAUCGAUUGAUACGAAUCUGACGUCUGCUUUCUGCUAGCAUCAAAUGAGCGCCCGUUCGAGCCUGGCUCUGGACUAUGCCAUUCAGCAUGACUCCCCGAUAUGGAGGAUAACGCUGCUAGAAGCAGUGCCUGGUUUGUUACUUAUGCAGCUGUUGUAAUUUUGUCUUUUGAGUCUAAGAGACUGUGGGGGUGUCCUCUUCCUCCUUCAUAGUGGUUCAGCCCAAAUAUUGAUGCCGCAGAUAUCAUU